UGCGGCCCCCCUUCUUAAGCCCUCGGGUCGCUGGCUGCCGUCACUCGCCUCUCCCGCCGCCUCCCUCCUGCGUUAUGGCCUCGGCGGCGCGCACCUAUGUCUCCAGGUUCAAGUCCUUCGUGAUCUUGUUCCUCACCCCGCUCCUGCUGCUGCCGCUCGUCAUUCUGAUGCCCGCCAAGUUCGUCAGGUGUGCCUACGUCAUCAUCCUCAUGGCCGUGUACUGGUGCACGGAGGUCAUCCCCCUGGCCGUCACCUCCCUCAUGCCGGCCUUGCUCUUCCCGCUCUUGAAGAUUCUGGACUCCAAGCAGGUGUGUAUCCAGUACAUGAAGGACACCAACAUGCUGUUCUUGGGCGGCCUCAUCAUGGCCGUGGCCGUGGAGCGCUGGAAUCUGCACAAGAGGAUAGCCCUGCGCACGCUCCUGUGGGUGGGGGCCAAGCCAGCACAGCUGAUGCUGGGCUUCAUGGGCGUCACGGCCUUUCUCUCCAUGUGGAUCAGCAACACGGCCACCACGGCCAUGAUGGUGCCCAUCGUGGAGGCCAUGUUACAGCAGAUGGAGACCGCCGGCUCCGCCGAGGCCGGCCUGGGGGCCCUGGAGCUGGCAGACAAGGGCAGGGCCGGCCAGCUGCCAGGGAGCCAAGUGACCUUCGAAGGGCCCCCCGAGGGGCUGCGGGCCGACCGCGACCGGAGGAGCGUGCGCAAGGCCAUGACCCUGUGCGUGUGCUACGCGGCCAGCAUCGGAGGGACCGCCACACUGACAGGGACGGGGCCCAACGUGGUGCUCCUGGGCCAGAUGCACGAGUUGUUUCCGGACAGCAAAGACCUGGUGAACUUCGCCUCCUGGUUUGGCUUUGCCUUUCCCAACAUGCUGGUGAUGCUGUUGCUGGCCUGGCUGUGGCUCCAGUGCGUCUAUAUGAGGUUCAGUUUUAAGGCGUCCUGGGGCUGUGGGCUGGAGAGCAGGCAUCACGAGAAGGCCGUGUGUGAGCUGCUGCGGCGGGAGUACAGGAAGCUGGGGCCGUUCUCCUUCGCCGAGGCCAACGUCCUGCUCUGCUUCCUCCUGCUGGUCGGCCUGUGGUUCUCCCGGGACCCCGGCUUCAUGCCCGGCUGGGUGUCGCUGGCCUGGGAGGAGGGCGAGACAAAGUACGCGUCUGACGCCACCGUGGCCACCUUUGUGGCCACCUUGCUGUUCGUAGUGCCUUCGCAGAGGCCCCAGUUCAACUUCCGUGGCCAGACGGAGGAGGAAAGGAAAGCUCCAUUUUAUCCCCCUGCGCUGCUGACCUGGAAGGUGACCCAGGAGAAAGUGCCCUGGGGCAUCGUGCUGCUGCUGGGGGGCGGCUUCGCACUGGCCAAAGGAUGUGAGGCCUCGGGGCUGUCGGAAUGGAUGGGGGAGCAGAUGGAACCCUUGCACUCUGUGCCCCCGGCGGCCAUCACCUUGAUCCUGUCCCUGCUUGUUGCCGUGUUCACCGAGUGCACGAGCAAUGUGGCCACCACGACCCUAUUCCUGCCCAUCUUCGCCUCCAUGUCACGUUCCAUCGGCCUCAACCCGCUGUACGUCAUGCUGCCCUGCACCCUGAGCGCGUCCUUUGCCUUCAUGCUGCCCGUGGCCACCCCGCCCAAUGCCAUCGUGUUUGCUUACGGACACCUCAAGGUUUCUGACAUGGUGAAAACAGGACUCAUGAUGAACAUAAUCGGAGUCUUCUGUGUAUUUCUGGCUGUCAACACGUGGGGACGGGUCAUCUUUGACUUGGACCAUUUCCCUGACUGGGCUAACCUGACACACGCGGAGACCUAGGGAGAGCCUCGCGACCCGGCACACCGCCCCCACCCUCCUGAGGACACGAACCUCCCAGCACACCUCCCGGCACAAGUUUGGGGUUCGCUCCCCAAAGCGAUCCAGUGAUGCCCACACCCCCACGGAGACCCAGCCUGGGGGCUCCAUGCAGAGCUGGGGGGGGAGGGCUCUGCAGGGCGGGAGAGGGGGGGACUCUCCCGGGGGCCUGCUGUCACUCCUGGGACAGGGAUCAGGACACAGGCUCCUGUCCCAGCUCGGCCGCCAGCCGGCCCCAGGCUGGGGUCUGGCGUCAUCUAAGGGGGACUCUGAUCGCAGCUUGGGAAGCGAGAAAACAGCCUCCAGAGCCCGUCCCUCUUCCGGCGUC